CACAAUCACACCCAACCCCCCCCACUUCCUUCCUUCAUUCGUUCUCUUUCCUCGUUCCAAAAGGCAUUGACCGUAUCAGAGCCCGGCCUCACCUCGGCAUACCGCUCUCUUACACCCCUCACCCCCCUCGCCCGCUCACUCGAGGACACGGUUACAGGUGUAGACAUCUGGUAAAUUUCCAUCGGCCGAUCGGUGUCUCCGCCGCCUUCCCCCAACCAUGUCGGCUGCGCAGUGGUUCGCGACCACCGCCCUCGCCCACAGCGGCGGCAAGAAGCACACCCCGGGCACGAUCAAGUGCUCGUGGCCCAUCCAGGUCGUGUCCCGCCGCCGCGAGUUCGACCUCACCGAGUGCUUCGAGCUCGCCAUCCUCCAGCCCGUGCCCCUCGUCCUCUCCAUCCUCGUCGGCCUCGCGCAGAUCCUGUACCGUACCCGCAAGCUCAAGCAGACUGGCCCCGACAGCCUCGACUGGAUCACCCGCUCGGCCCGCAACGAGAAGGUGGCAAAGACCAAGGUGGCUCUCCUCGGCUUCUCGGCCAUUCUUGCGGCCGCAGCGGCCGGUUUGGCAGCCCCCCAGCUCCCCUCGUCGCCAUGGGCAUUCAUUCACUAUGCGCUCUUGGCAGUCACUUACGUCGUCUUCGCGUACGUGGUAUGGCUCAACCACCACACGUCAAGAACUUCUUCGGCCCUGGUCCUCCUGUUCUUCCCUCUGUACGCUCUGAUCUCGGCUGUGACCGUCCGCACGGCCAUCCUCACCGGUCGUCUCAACCCCGAUCUGGGCCACACCCUCCCCGGCAGGCUGACCCUGGCCCGUGAGGGACUGUGGUUCAGCAGCCUCGGCAUCGGAUUCAUUGCCUUUGGCUUUGAACUCUACUGCCCCGAGACCCAGUGGAAGGCCUGGCACGCGCCGUGGUCGAGUGGAAAGAUUCGCCUCGAGGACGAUGAGGAGAACGACACUGUUGCCGAGCCCAAGCUCGACGACGAGAUUGAGAGCCCCGUGGCCACCGCCAACAUCUACGAGAGGCUCACCUUCUCCUGGCUCACGCCGCUGCUUUCCCUCGGCACAAAGAAGUACCUCGGAGAGGAGGACAUGUGGAUGCUGCCUCCGGCGGAUUCGGCCGAGGCGCUUUCCGAACGUCUGGCAAAGGCUUGGCGCGAGCAGAUCGACCUUGUCAAGCAGGGCAAGAAGAAGCGUCCCUCACUCAAGAUCGCCAUCGCCAAGGCGUACGGUCUCCCCUACUUCGUCGCUGGACUGAUGAAGGCGCUCUACGACACAUUGAGCUUCUCGCAGCCCCAGCUCCUCCGCUGGCUGCUGCUCUUUGUGCAGAGCUACCACACCUCGGGCCAGGAGCCUAUGCCGGCUGCCGCUGGCUUUGGCAUUGCCAUCCUCAUGUUUGUCACUGCCAACGUUGCUACUGCUCUGCUCCACCAGUACUUUGACCGCUGCUUCUCAACGACCAUGAGGAUCAAGACGGGUCUCAUCACCCUCAUCUACCGCAAGUCGCUCCGCCUCAGCAGCGGUGAGAAGUCUGGACGCACCUCAGGCGACAUUGUCAACCUCCAGAGUGUUGACGCUGUUCGCAUCGGUGACAUUGCUCAGUACGGCCACAUCGCCUGGUCCGGCCCCUUCCAGAUCAUCAUUGCCUUUGUGUCCCUCUACCAGCUCGUUGGCUGGCAGUCGUUUGUCGGUGUCGCCGUCAUGCUCAUCUCCCUGCCCAUCAACACCUACAUUAGCCGUCUCCAGAAGCGCCUCCAGCGCAAGCUCAUGGCGGCCAAGGAUGUCCGCACCCGUCUCAUGAGCGAGAUCCUCAACAACAUCAAGUCGAUCAAGCUGUACGGCUGGGAGAAGGCUUUCGUUGACAAGGUCCUCGACGCCCGCCACAACAAGGAGCUGAAGAUGCUCCGCAAGAUCGGUAUCGUUACCGCUUGCAGCAACUUCCUCUGGACCACCGUCCCCUUCCUUGUCGCCUUCGCCACAUUCAGCUCCUUCGUCUUCACGGCCGACCGCCCACUCACCAGCGAGAUCAUCUUCCCUGCCAUCUCGCUCUUCACCCUGCUCUCAUUCCCUCUCGCCGUCUUCAGCAACAUCAUCAACAGCAUCAUCGAGGCCCUCGUGUCCGUCCAGCGUCUCGAGGACUUCCUUGCUGCGGAUGAGCUUGACCCUGACGCACGCACGGUCGUCUACCCUCAGGACGACCCCAACGGCGAAGCGCAGGUCGGCGACUCGGUUGUCACUAUCAAGGAUGGCGAGUUCAGGUGGGCCCGCGACUCGGUCGAGCCGAUCCUCCAGGACAUCAACCUCGACGUCAAGAAGGGUGAACUCCUGGCCGUCAUUGGCCGUGUGGGUGACGGCAAGUCGUCGCUUCUCGGUGCCAUGCUUGGCGAGAUGCACCGCGACGAGGGCUCGGUCAACAUCCGUGGCGACGUCGCCUACUUCAGCCAGACUUCGUGGAUUCUUUCCGCCACGGUCAAGGACAACAUCAUCUUUGGACAUCGAUUCGACCCCAUUUUCUAUGACAAGGUUCUCGACGCCUGUGCCCUUCGUGCCGACCUUGCGGUGCUUCCCGAGGGCCACAUGACCGAAGUCGGAGAGAAGGGUGUCUCGCUUUCGGGAGGCCAGAAGGCUCGUAUCUGUCUUGCUCGUGCGUGUUAUGCCCGUGCGGACAUCUACCUUCUCGACGACCCCCUCAGCGCUGUCGAUGCCCAUGUCGGCCGCCACAUCUUUGACCACGUUCUCGGCCCCAACGGUAUUCUCAAAAACAAGGCCCGUAUUCUCUGCACCAACGCCGUCAACGUCCUCCCUCAGGCCACCAACAUUGUCAUGCUUCGCCGCGGUAUCAUCAUCGAGCGCAACACGUACGACGGCGCCAUGGCCGACACAUCUUCCGAGCUGUUCAAGCUCAUUACUGGCCUCGGCAAGCAGUCUGCCAAGAAGAACGGCGAGGAGUCUGGCUCGGUGACCCCGACUGUGGUUGGUUCUGCGACCCCAUCUGAGGACGAAGCCGACAGUGUCGACGAGCCUGACGAGCUUCGCAAGCGCCGCGCCGACCGUCGUUCCAGCACUGCCACUCGCCGCGCCUCGAUCUUGUCCCUCCGCCAGGCUAAGCGCGACGCUCUUCACGACCUGCGCGAGUCGGCCAAGCCCAAGGAACACAUCGAGAAGGGCAGCGUCAAGUUCUCCAUCUACAAGCAGUACCUCACCGCCGCGGGGCUUGGUGGCGUCGCCAUCUUCAUCAUCGGCCUCGCCCUCGGCCAAGGCUCGAGCAUCUUCUCCAACGUCAUUCUCAAGUACUGGGGCACCCUUAACCAGCAGAUGGGCCGCAACGUCGAGGUCGCCAAGUACCUCACCGCCUACGGCAUCAUGGGCUUCUCGUCGGGUCUGCUCAACGUCCUCGCCAUGGUUACCCUUCGUCUCUACUGUGGUCUCCGCGCUGCCAGCUUCAUGCACGACAAGGCCUUCAUCUCGCUCAUGCGCUCCCCUCUGAGCUUCUUCGAGCUCACCCCAACUGGCCGCAUCCUCAACCUCUUCUCGCGUGACAUCUUCGUCAUUGACGAAGUCCUGCCCAUGGCCCUCGGCCAGUUCUGUCGCACGUUCAUCCAGGUGGCUGGUGUCAUUGUCGUUCUCGCCUGGGGUGCGCCAAUCGUCCUAUUUGCCCUCAUCCCGCUCACGUUCAUCUACCGUAUCAUCAUGCGCUACUACCUCUCCACCUCUCGUGAGCUCAAGCGUCUGGACGCCGUGUCGCGCUCGCCCAUCUUCACCUUCUUCGGCGAGACCCUUGCUGGCCUUCCCGUCAUCCGCGCGUACAACCAGACCCGCCGCUUCCAGGCCAACAACGAGACGCGUGUCGACCGCAACCAGGCGUGCUACCAGCCGGCCAUGGCCAUCAACCGUUGGCUCGCCGUCCGCCUCGAGUUCCUUGGCUCGUGCCUCAUGUUCUCCACUGCCCUCGCGUCGGUCACUGCCCUCGUUCUCUAUGGCAACAUUGACGCCGGUCUCGUCGGUAUCCUCAUGUCGUACACGAUCUCGGUCACUGGCUCGCUCAACUGGUUUGUUCGCACUGCUUCCGAGGUCGAGCAGAACAUUGUCUCUGUCGAGCGUGUCUCGGCCUACGCCGAACUUCCAAGCGAGGCGCCCGAGUACAUUGCUGCCACGCAGCCUCCUUCCACCUGGCCUCCGACUGGCUCUAUCGACUUUGACGACUACUCGAUGCGCUACCGCCCCGAGCUCCCUCUAGUCCUCAAGGACGUGACCGUCAACAUCAAGGGUGGCCACCGUGUCGGUGUCGUUGGCCGUACUGGCGCCGGCAAGUCCUCCCUCACCCUUGCUCUCUUCCGCAUUCUGGAAGGCAGCGGCGGCAAGAUUGUCAUUGACGGUGUCGACAUUUCGACUAUUGGCCUGCACGCACUCCGCAGUGUCAUUAGCAUUAUUCCUCAGGACCCCCAGCUCUUCGAAGGCACCCUGAGAAAUAACAUUGACCCCACUGGCAAGGCGUCCGACGCCGACAUGUGGGCGGCCCUCGAGCACUCGCAUCUCAAGGACCACGUUAUGCGCAACAUGGGCGGCACGCUGGACGCUGAGGUCGCCGAGGGUGGUUCCAACCUCUCCUCUGGCCAGCGCCAGCUCCUCUGCUUUGCUCGUGCCCUUCUUCGCAAGACCAAGAUUCUGGUUCUCGACGAGGCCACCUCGAGCAUUGACCUCGAGACGGACGCGGCCGUGCAGCAGAUCCUCCGUGGCCCCGACUUUAACGGUGUGACGACGCUCACGAUUGCGCACCGUAUCAACACAAUCAUGGACUCUGACCGGGUUCUCGUCAUGUCGCAGGGCGAGGUGGCCGAGUUUGACUCGCCCGAGAACCUGCUCAAGAACCGAGACUCCAUCUUUACCAGCCUUGUUGUGGAGGCUGGACUCGGCAACAACUUGGUCGAGUAAGCGUUCCUCAUGGUAGAAUCAUACAAUGCAUUUGUUUUGUUUG